AUGGAAGACUCGACCAUGUUCAUCCAGUGGGCCAUGGAGACGCUGCAGCACGAGCAUCACCCGGCGGCCGCCGCUGCCUACGCCGACGCCGGCGAGGUCUUCCCGUCACUUCAAGUGCUCCGCUGCUCAGAGCUACAGAACGGCACGGCCCCUGCCGCAGCACAGGCUGGCAACCACCACCGCGCCACAGACAGCUGGAGCUCAGGCGACAGCGGCCGUGAGAACACGCCGGGCGCCGCGGUCGUGGAGAACGACGGCUGGUCGUCCAACUGCAGCGUCGGUAGCACAACCUACCCACCCGUGAGCUGGAACUUCACCUCCACCAUGGCGCAGCCGAGCAUUCACGACGAGGCCACGCCCACCGCUCGCGCACGACCGCUCGACGUGCCUGAGCCGGCGUACAGGUCGCCCGCCUCAAGGAAACGCUCCGCGAAGAGCGCCGCCUGUACGGGGACGGGGCACACGUCAUCACCGGAGCCGUUCGUGCAGGAACACGUCAUGGCUGAGAGGAAGCGCCGCGAGAAGAUCAACCGUCAAUUCAUCGAGCUCUCCACCGUCAUCCCCGGCCUCAAGAAGAUGGACAAGGCGACGAUUCUGUCCGACGCUGUGAGGUACGUCAAGGAGCAGCAGGAGAAGCUCAAGGAGCUCGAGGACCGCAACCUAAGGACCGUCGAACCGGUUGUGCUUGUCAAGAGGCCCUGCAUCGCCACAAAACCUGACGGCACGGCAACGACCGGGAGCUCGCUGCCGGAGAUCGAGGCGAGGAUCUCGAACAGCACCGUCAUGGUGAAGAUCCAUUGCGAGGACGGCAAGGGGCUGCUUGCCAGGUUGCUCACUGAGGUCGAGGGUCUUCGCCUUAGGAUCACGCACACCAAUGCCAUCCCCUUCCCGGCUUGCACUGUGAACAUAACUAUCAUGGCAAAGAUGGACGAGGGUUUCAACAUCACAGCAGAUGACAUCUUAGGGAAGCUCGACGCCUCGUUGCACUGACAUCAUAGCUGGCAAUGAUGAUGAUACAGCCGGAUCAAUAAACUUGAAGUCCGAUUCUCCCGCAGCUGACCUAAAGAUAAAAUCGAUUCGUGUUUUUGUCAUAAUAAAAAUAAUAAUUAAGUUAUUACUCUGUCGUUACUUUUUUCAA